GCGACGGCAAGGUCGGAGGACGCAAUCAAAAAGAAGGGGGAAAAAAAGCCGGAAGUUAGCGGACGCGUCGCUAAAAAACGGAGCCCGGUGCGAGUUCUUGGUUUUCUCGUCAACUGCGUCAUUUACUGUCUUUUAGUGGAGACUUGUUACAUUCAAAUAACUUUCAACAAAAGAGAUGGUUUGUGGCGGCACAAACCCCGCGCGGGUUUAGCGGGUUUUUAGCUAAAAGCGGCUAACAAUCCAUCCAUCCAUCCAUUUUUUAUUUUUUUUACCGUUUGUUCCUUUCGGGGUGGCGCGGGGGAGUGGUGUUGGAGCCUAUCGCAGCUGCAUUUGGGCGGAAGGCGGGGGUACACCCUGGACAAGUCGCCAUCUCACCAACACAGAUAGACAGACACAUAAUAAACAACACCAUUAUUGUUGUGGGAGAUUACCAAGGAGAACUUUCUGGAACAAAAGAGGGGCGCAAUCGCCCGCAGCAGACGCCAAGCAAGAGUAUCUUUCCACCGAGCAGCAGGAGUGGGUCUUCGGCAUGGAGAAGGAGCCAGAGCCCCCCUAUGUCAAAGAGGAGGAAGAGCAGCUGCAGGACGACGACAUUUCCAACAUCCAAAUGAGGCACGUCACGGUGAAGAGUGAAGGACACGAUGCCGAACGAGAACCAGCUCAGUCGUCGCGGCUCCGUUGCAAAGAGGACGGACAUCGCCGCCGCCCGGAUCAAGUCACCCGUUCUCUGCGUCCUCCAGCCGAACUUCCUGAGCCAAAGACCGGAGAUGCUGGCGACGCCGUCAAUCCCACGGACGCUUUGUCGGGCGUAAACUGUAGGAAAAGGGAGCGCAGCGCCAGCGGGAAACCGUUUGUGUGCCCGUUUUGCAGCAAACCCUUCAACCAGAGGGUGCAGUUGUCCCGACACCUCAGCGUCCACACGGGAGAAAAACCCUUCCACUGCACGCUUUGCAGUAAAAUGUUCGCCACGAGGGACCGCCUGCGCUCCCACAUGAAGAUCCACACCGGGGAGAAACCCUUCAGCUGCUCCGUUUGCAGCAAAAGAUUCUUCCACCGCGCGCAUCUGGUCAAGCACUCGCACAUUCACACAGGGGUGAAACCCUUUCCCUGCCUGUUCUGCGGGAAGAGGUUCUACUCCAACGGGGAUCUGAUCAAGCACACCAGGACCCACACGGGGGAGAAACCCUUCACCUGCUCCAUCUGCAACACCAGCUUCAGCGACACGUCCACGCUGGGCAAACACAAAAUCAGGCAUACGGGCGAGAAGCCCUUCAGCUGCAGCGUUUGUGAGAAACGCUUCCCGUUCAAAUUCCAGGUGAAAAAGCACAAGUGCGUCGUGGCGGACAGCGGCGGUACUUGAACCGUGCCCGACGGCGUGGAGAUAACGUCCACUGUGAUGAUACUCCUCGAAGUGAUACUACACAGUGGUUCAUGUAUCAUGCAGUUUGUGUUAACAGAUAUACAAACCCCGUUUCCAUAUGAGUUGGGAAAUUGUUAGAUGUAAAUAUAAACGAAAUACAAUGAUUUGCAAAUCCUUUUCAACCCAUAUUCAAUUGAAUGCACUGCAAAGACAAGAUAUUAGAUGUUCAAACUCAUAAACUUUAUUUUUUAUUUUUUUGUAAAUAAUAAUUAACUUAGAAUUUAAUGGCUGCAACACGUGCCAAAGUAGUUGGGAAAGGGCAUUUUCACCACUGUGUUACAUCACUUUUUCUUUUAAACUCCGUAAACGUUUGGGAAAUGAGGAAACUAAUUGUUGAAGCUUUGAAAGUGGAAUUUUUUCCCAUUCUUGUUUUAUGUAGAGCUUCAGUCGUUCAACAGUCCGGGGUGGGUCUCCUCUGUCGUAUUUUACGCUUCAUAAUGCGCCACACAUUUUCCAUGGGAGACAGGUCUGGACUGCAGGCAGGCCAGGAAAGUACCCGCACUCUUUUUUUACGAAGCCACACUGUUGUAACACAUGCAGAAUGUGGCUUGGCAUUGUCUUGCUGAAAUAAGCAGGGGCGUCCAUGAAAAAGACGUUGCUUAAAUGGCAGCAUAUGUUGUUCCAAAACCUGUAUGUACCUUUUAGCAUUAAUGGUGCUUUCACAGAUGUGUAAGUUACCCAUGCCUUGGGCACUAAUGGACCCCCAUACCAUCACAGAUGCUGGCUUUUGGACUUUGCGUUGAUAACAGUCUGGAUGGUUCGCUUCCCCUUUGGUCCGGAUGACAGGAUGUCGAUUAUUUCCAAAAACUAUUUGGAAUGUGGGAUCGUCAGACCACAGAACACUUUUCCACUGUGCAUCAGUCCAUCUUAGAUGAUCUCGGGCCCAGAGAAGCCGGCGGCGUUUCUGGAUGUUGUUGAUAAAUGGCUUUCACUUUGCAUAGUUGAGCUCUAACUUGCACUUACAGAUGUAGCGACCAACUUUAUUUAUUGACAGUGGUUUUCUGAAAUGUUUCUGAGCCCAUGUGGUGAUAUCAUUUUAGAGAUUGAUGUCAGUUUUUGAUACAGUGCCGUCUGAGGGAUCGAAGGUCACAGUCAUUCAGUGUUGGUUUCCAGCCAUAUUGCUUACGUGGAGUGAUUUCUCCAGAUUCUCUGAACCUUUUGAUGAUAUUAUGGACCGUAGAUGUUGAAAUCCCUAAAUUUCUUGCAAUUGCACUUUGAAAAAUGUUGUUCUUAAACUGUUUGACUAUUUGCUCACGCAGUUGUGGACAAAGGGGUGUACCUCGCCCCAUCCUUUCUUGUGAAACACUGAGCAUUUUUUGGGAAGCUGUUUUUAUACCCAAUCAUGUCAUUCACCUGUUCCCAAUUAACCUGCACACCUGUAGGACGUUCCAAAUAAGUGUUUGAUGGGCAUUCCUCAACUUUAUCAGUAUUUAUUGCCACCUUUCCCAACUUCUUUGUCACGUGUUGCUGGCAUCAAAUUCUAAAGUUAAAGAUUAUUUGCAACAACAAAAAAUGCUUAUCGGUUUGAACAUCAAAUAUGUUGUCUUUGUAGCAUAUUCAACUGAAUAUGGGUUGAAAAUGAUUUGCAAAACAUUGUAUUCCGUUUAUAUUUACAAAUUCCCAACUCAAAUGGAAUCGAGGUUUGUAGUAAAAUUAAUCUUCUGACCUCAUUUGCAAGCAGCACAAACAAGGCCUAGAGAUGAUUUCAAGUGAGCUAUUUGGAUUAUAAAUAUGUGGCUGUCAACUGUCAAGCCGAGAUCCAAAAGAGCUGCGUCAGUGAAGUGAGCCGUCACUAGGCCGAAAAAUCUAAACAAAAACAUUCUGUGAGUACCGACGGCCCGCAGGUCCGAGACCCACUUGAAGGUUGGAGCGCAGUGACCAUGUGGACUCACCCUCAAUGACAUUUUCUCCUUUUCCCCCUGCAUGCUGCAUCCUGUUCCUGUACAUAAGACCUGUUUUCUGUGUAAGCAUGUUAGAAGAGGGACAAUAAAGGAGGUUUGGAGUCCAGCUCGGUUCAAAGAACAAGAUGGGAAGAAGAGCUGCGUUGAUUCAUUACAGAAAAAAAGCACAUUAAAUAUGAUGUCCAAAAACAAAA